AGAACGUCUCAAAGGAAAGCUUCGGUAGCUGCAGCGAAGAACAAGAAGAGUGAGUGAGAGGAAAGAAGAGUGAGGUGAGAGGAGUGGGGAGAGGGGAGGGUAACGGAGAUGGGAGCGGACUACUACAAGAUCCUGGGGGUGGACAAGAGCGCCAAGGACGACGAUCUCAAGAAGGCCUAUCGGAAGCUGGCCAUGAAGUGGCACCCGGACAAGAAUCCCAACAACAAGAACGAAGCCGAGGCCAAGUUCAAGCAGAUCUCCGAGGCCUACGAGGUAUUAAGCCAUCCGCAGAAGCGCGCCAUCUACGACCAGUGCGGGGAGGAAGGGCUGAAGGGGCAAGUCCCACCUCCCGAGGCCAACGGGGGCGCCACCUUCUUCUCCAGCGGCGGCGACGGUCCCACGGUGUUCCGGUUCAAUCCGCGGAAUGCCGACGACAUAUUCGCGGAGUUCUUCGGCUUCUCGAGCCCGCUUGGGGACAUGGGAGGCGCGAGAAGCAACGGCGGCGUGAGAGGAGGGACCCGGUUCUCUUCCGGGGUUUUUGGCGACGACUUGUUCGGGUCGGCCUUCGGCGGCGGUGUCGAGGGGCCGAUGAACUCGCGCCGGCCGCAGAAGGCGGCGCCGAUCGAGAACCUGCUGCCCUGCAGCCUGGAGGAGCUAUACAAAGGCACCACCAAGAGGAUGAAGAUCUCCAGGGAAAUCGCUGACAUGAGCGGGAAAACGAUGCCGGUGGAGGAGAUCCUGACCAUCGAUAUAAAGCCCGGUUGGAAGAAGGGCACCAAGAUCACAUUCGAGGAGAAGGGGAACGAACGGCCCAACGUCAUCCCCGCCGACGUCGUCUUCAUCAUAGACGAGAAGCCGCAUCCCGUGUUCACCAGGGAAGGCAACGACCUGGUCACCACGAAGAAGAUAUCCCUCGCCGAAGCCCUCACCGGCUACACCGCCCACCUGACAACGCUUGACGGCCGAAGCCUCAUCGUGCCCGUCGACUCCGUGAUCCGUCCCGGCUACGAGGAGGUUGUGCCCAAGGAGGGCAUGCCGCUGCCGAAGGAUCCAUCAAGGAAGGGAAACCUGAGAAUCAAGUUCGACAUCAAGUUCCCGACGAGGCUCACCUCGGAGCAGAAGGCCGGUAUCAAACGAUUGCUGCCGUCACCGUGAUCUCCUUGGCUUGCUUUGGUGUUGCGCCGCGUGUUUGCUGAGGUGAUCUCCUCACGUAUUGUCUGAUGAAAAGCCUCAAAAAGUAUGUAUCAAGGCAGUUUUCACAGCAGGCUUUUUUGUUUUUGGGGGGGUAGAAUUCUUUGAUAUUAAUUAAUAGAUAAUGAGAUAUAUGACAUUUCCAUGUCAAUUUGUU